UCAGAUUCGCCUCCAGACCAAACGAGCAGCUUCCUCUCAGUGAGUCCAGCUGCAGGAGAGAAAAGAGGAAACUGCUGCUUCCAGCUGCUCACACUGAAGGCGAGUUGGACCAAAAACACUCAGAGUUCAGUGACUGACUGGACCUUCUGUUUUCAGCUUCACUCAGAGACAAAAUGGCUUCCAGACCAGAGGAGGACCUCUGCUGUCUGGUCUGUCAGGACGGCUUUAAGGAUCCGGUUGUUCUGUCAUGCAGCCACAGCUUCUGUAAGGAGUGUCUGAAGAACUGGUGGAGACAGAAACCAGCAGGAGAGUGUCCAGUUUGCAAGAGGAAAUCUUCAAGAGAGGAACCGACUUUAAAUCCGGCUCUGAAGAGACUCUGUGAAUCAUUCUUAGAGCAGAGAGAGCAAAAAGCUUCAGAGAGUCUCUGCAGUCUGCACUCUGAGAAACUCAAACUCUUCUGUCUGGACCAUCAGCAGCCAGUUUGUCUCGUCUGCAGAGAUUCAGAAAAACACAUCAAGCACAGAUUCAGAGCCAUCGAUGAAGCUGCUCAGGAUCACAGAGAGAAUCUGAAAACAUCUCUGGAGCCUUUAAAGAAGAAACUGGAGCAGAAGAAGGAAGUUAAAGAGGAGUUUGAUCAGACAGCAGAACACAUGAAGGUCCAGGCCCGACACACAGAGAGGCAGAUUGUUGAGCAGUUUAAGAAGCUUCAUCAGUUUCUAGCAGAGGAAGAGGAGGCCAGGCUGGCUGCACUGAGGGAGGAAGAGGAGCAGAAGAGAGGGAUGAUGGAGGAGAAGAUGGAGGCUCUGAGCAGAGAGAUAGCAGCUCUUUCAGACACAGUCAGAGCCACAGAGGAGGAGCUGAGAGCUGAAGACGUCUCAUUCCUGCACAACUACAAGGCUGCAGUGGAAAGAGUCCAGCGCUGCCCCCUGCUGGAGGAUCCACAGCUGCCCUCAGGAGCUCUGAUAGACCAGGCCAAACAUCUGGGCAACCUGGCCUUCAACAUCUGGAGCAACAUGAAGGACAUGGUGACCUAUACUCCUCUGGUUCUGGACCCAAACACGGCGAAUCCAGAACUCCUGCUGUCUGAAGAUCUGACCACUUUGACAUAUGGAGAGGAACAGCAGCUUCCUGUCAACCCAGAGAGGUUUGCUCGCUUUUGUUCGGUUCUCAGUUCUGAGGGUUUUAACUCCGGGAUCCACAGCUGGGAUGUUGAGGUUGGAGACAGUGAAGACUGGAUGCUUGGCAUGUUGGCAGAGUCUGUCCAGAGGAAGAAAUUUAUACGGGAUGGAUGGUUGGGUGUCGGCUAUGAUGGUCAAUACUCAGCAGUGUGCCUGCCAGCUCCUUUCACCGUUCUCUCUGUCCAGAAAAAGAUCCAGAGGGUCAGAGUGAAUCUGGACUAUGAUGGAGGAAAGCUGUCCUUCUCUGAUCUGGACACUAACACACACAUACACACCCUCACACGCACCUUCACUGACCGGAUGUUUACUUUCUUCAGCACUCAGGAUGAAAUAAAAAUCCUUCCAAUGAAAAUCUCAGUGAUCAAACAGCAGCUCUGAUGUUUUCAGCAUGAAGAACAUAAACUGAAAUAAAGCAUAUAGUUUGGAUUGAAACUGAAGAUGAUCUGAUUAUCUGGGGGCUUUAUCUGUUUUAUGAUUUGAUUAUUUUGAGUCUGUUGUGUCUGGAAACCGUUGUAAACCAAUGUGUUGAAAUACUGUAGAGUAUGCGCCGUUUUCAAAUUGGCUUUAUGAAUGAAUGCAACUGUUGCACCAGAAUUGUUUCAAUCGUUUCUAAUCUGUAUAAAAAGUGAUGUAUAAAUAAGGAUCGAUUGAUUCUGGCUCCAUUUGUUCGUCCAGAGUAAGGCGGCUAAUCACAGCCAAGGACAAUAAUUAGCUGCCUUAUACAUAAAUGUAUAAAGAUUGUAGCUUCCAGUGAACAGUAAACAAGAUCAGAACAAGUGGAAGAAAAAAACAACUCAGUUUGAAAAGAAAACUUUAUUAACCAUCUUUUUUCCUCCUCCUGGCUCUGAUUGGUUGCUUUGCAUUUCUUCAGAUGGAUCACAGGAAGGAGGAGCAGCUCAAUCUUUUCACCGUUUCUCAUUUACAGUGUCAGGACACGAUGACAGUUCAAAUAAAUGUGUAAAAAACAUAUUUCUGUAAAAGUUACAUCCUGUAGUUUGAACGUUUGUGGAUAAAUAAGACUGUUUGGUCUCUUAUUUAUUAUAUUUAGUUGCAACCUUUACAUGAAUCUGCAUGUUUCAUCUCUUUGCUGCGACCAAAAUCCAACAGAAUAAACCUGAAUCAUAAAAUCUC